AUGAACAGCAGCACGGGCACUGUCGACUUCAAAGUCGGUGACGAGACGUACCAAACCUGGUACAACAUUGUUGGUGACCUGAAGUCGGGCAAACGACCACUUGUUACGCUUCAUGGAGGUCCUGGAAUGUCCCACAUCUACAUGAUAUCGCAUACAGAGAUUUAUACUCUCUAUGGCAUCCCAGUCAUCUUCUAUGACCAACUCGGCAUCGGAAAAUCCACUCAUCUUCGUGACAAACCUUCUGAAUUCUGGACUCCAGAAUUAUUCAUGGAUGAACUCGACAAUCUUCUCGUACAGCUCGGUAUCGAAAGUGACUUUGACCUUCUGGGCCACUCAUGGGGAGGGAUGCUGGCUUCUGACUAUGUCGCCCAGCGUCAACCUCCUGGACUUCAUCGUCUAGUCAUAUCCAGCUCGCCGCCCUCAGAGCAAUUAUGGAAAGAGAGUAUGCGGGGAUAUUUGGAGGCUUUCCCACCAGAGUUCAAGGAGAUGGUGUUGAAACAUGAGAGGGAGGGCAACCUCUCAUCACCCGAGUACCAAGCAGCCAUACAAGUUUUUUUGAACAAGCACACAUGCCAGACGAUACCCUGGCCCGAAGAGCUAGUUGCUUCGUUCGCUUCUGCCGAAGAGGAUCCCACUGUGUCGAAUGCCAUGUCGGGACCCGAACAGUUUCACUCGACUGGUUCAUUGAGAACUUGGUCUGUAAUCGACCGUCUCCAUCGCAUUUCAUGCCCUACUCUCGUCACGAACGGGCCCGAAGAGGGAGCUCAGGACUAUGUAGUGGCUCCGUUCAUCGAGAAAAUCCCCAAAGUUAAGUGGGUCAGGUUUGCCAAGAGUCAUAUUGCCUUCUUCGAGGAUAGGGAGUAUUACUUCAAGGCUAUCGGGGAUUUUUUGAGGGUAGACUGA